AUGGCUCAUAAGGGUGACAAAGACCAAGAAAUGGGCAACAUCAACAGAGUUGUUAUUAAGCCGGGGCAUUUGAAAGAAAUUCACCAAAAAGUUAGGGUGCUAAACUUCCGCACGCUUAUUGAUAACCUUCCAACCAGCAUUGACGAAAGCUCUUCGACUGUUUUGAAGUACAAAACACCAAAUUUUAGAGCUAGCGCCACGGUGGAAAUGGCACCGCUGUCAGAGCAACACAAGUGGAAGAUCGGCUGGAUCCAGGCGUGCACUGACAUGACCUUCCAUAACACGUACAGCGACGAGGGAUACACGAGCUGGGAGUUCCCGGAGCUGAGUUCCGGUACACAAAACAUGAUCAGCGACUGUGACGGGCACCACUAUCCCUGGUAUGGGUCCCGGAACGAGACAGUGACAUUCGAGGGUCCAUGCAAGAUGUACCAGACGGCCACCGUUACCAUGAACGACAACUUCCACCCGCAUGUCACCUGGAGAAAUCCCGCCAUGAGGAGCCAAGGUCCCCCGAACUUGACCCAUAUCACCCGGGAUCAGACUUUCAACGUCUGGCUUGUGGUCUGGAACAUGACCACGCAGAAAGCCUACAUCCUUAAGAACAUCCGAUGGAACAUGCAGCUAAAUAUUGACGUUGACCCCUCGAAACCUCUCGGUCAGAGAGCGAAGCUGAUGAGCAAUCCGGUUCCCCGCCAACCGGAAGUCCUCGAACACCACGUUCCCAUUCCUAAAUGUGCCCUCAUGCCGCCCAACGCCAACAGCGCCCAGAUGCUUGUGUGGCGCCCGCGCGUGGGCCAGCCCAUGUGCAUCAUCCCGCCCGUGUGGAAGAAGGACGUACCCAUUGAUAAACAAGUUCCUAGAUACGACAGCAAACUUACCAAACUUUAA